CCAGGAUUUAGUCCAUAAGAGACAUUUAUGUGCAGAGGGACAUGGACAUGGGACGGACCAGCACCCAACCAAUGAUCUAAAAGGUAUCACUGGAUGGACAAUAUAAGCACGACCAAGACUCUGGUGAGCUCCAGUGGAGGAGGAGGAGGAGGAGGAGGAGGAGGAAGAGGAGGAGCAGGAGGAAGCAAAGUGGUCAAAAAAACGGUCACAACAACUAAAGUAACGUCACAAAGUGAAGCGUCUUCGACUGCAGCUGGACCUGGUGACGGAGCUGCGUCAGGAGGCUUGGGCACUAUGAGCAGCUCCGUUCUGAUCACGUCCAGCACCUCCCACCGCUCCGCCGAAGCCGCCAAGGCGUCCAGAGGCGUCGGCGUCACCGUCGCUUCGGCCGAGUCAUCAGGGGGCGGGGCCUCAGCAGCCUCAGGGGGCGUGGUAGCGGCUGCGUUAAGGUCCGCGGGGGGCUCCGCCUCCUCCUCCUCCUCCUAUGUGACCUCCAGUUUUGGGGGCGGUGACGGAGGUAUGGAAGGGGGCGUGGGUGCUAUGAUGGUUUCCACGGUGACCAGGACCAGCUACAGUUCAGGAGGAGGAUCCGCGGAAACCAAAAGGGGGGGGUCGUCGUCAGUGGUGUCGCACUCACCUGGCCCAAAGGAACGGAAGAGCUUGACCACAAUGGCCUCGGCUCUGUCAGAAGUCUUUGAUGAAAGUUCCAGUCCCAACUCUUCUCCAGAGUUUAAGAGGAAAGAGUACAACAUGAGCAGUGCAACGUCCACUUCCACCAGCAGAGGGAGAACUCAGAGCCGAGAGAGUGAGAUUCGAACCAGGCUUCAGAGCGCCUCCCCCACCGGCUGCUGGACAGAGCUGGACGAUGUGAAGCGUCUGCUCAGAGGAAACUCCACCUCCACCAGUCCACCUCAGUCUCCCAACAACACGCUGCCUAUUCCCAAAAAGGCCAGUGUGGAACCCAGGAGCAUGUCGGACAGUUCCAGCACAGACCACUAUGGCAGUGUUUGGUCUGGGGGCGUGGCCAGUAGCUAUGGUUACAACCCAAACCCCAACAAUCUGUCAACCACCUCCACCCUUUACCCGUCAGGGCUGCAGAACAACCUGAGCCUUGGCUCCGCCUCUGUGGGUGGUGGAUUAUCUGCAGGUGGCACUGUGUACGGUGUUCAGAAUAACCUGGUCAGCACCACCAGUCCCACUUUACUGUCACCCACUGGAACCAACUCACAGAUCGUUUACGGGGUGCAGAAAAACAUCUCUGGCACUGGACUGAGUUCAACUACAGUCAGAGCCGGCAGUCCGACCAAAGACGACUCCUCCUCUAAGGACUUCAAGUACGUGUUGAUCGAGAAGGAGAACUCUGCAGUGAAGAAGGAGUCUGAAGGCCUGAUCAUGGCCAAAGACUCUGGGAAACACUUCAUGUCGGCUGCACCUGGAACUAUCACUGAGGCCUAUUCUGAGGAUUCACUGAAGAGAGAGAAACAGAAACAGUCAUCAACCACCAUGGAAGAAGCAGCAGAUUCCAAAUCUGCAUCACUAAAGGCUGCAACAAAAGACAAAGCCACAUACGCAGAGAUCCGUUCAGACCAGUCGGGCCUGGGCUGGUGCUCCUGCUGCAGCUGGUGGAAGUGGCUGCUGGGGCUCCUGCUCAGCCUCCUCCUCCUGCUGGGCCUCCUCUUUGGACUCAUCGCUUUAGGUGUAGAAAUCAAACGCCUCCGCAGUCGAGUGGAGGCUCUGGAGGCCGCCGCCGGCGUGUCAUCUGCUCAUUCCAGCCGCCUGUCUGCGUCCUCCGGCAUAAACAUCAUCGACCCUCUGGACUCGGCGUACAUUGAAAAGAGCUCCUCUGGGAACACCCUGACCCGCUCAGAUAAUGGGAUCAACCUGGGGGCAUCUGGACCGGGGCCCGGAACAGGAACAGGAAGUGGACCUGGACAGGAUGAUGCCGCCCUGCAGAGGGCGGUCCAACAGCUGGUCAGGGCGGAGCUGCGUUCAGACGCCCUCAGAGAAACUCUGACAUACUCUCUGAAAGGAGCACGAGGAGAACCAGGACCUAAAGGGGAUUCAGGACCACUAGGACCUAAAGGUGACAGUGGUUUUCCUGGUCUACCAGGACCUCCAGGUCAGACGGGUCACCCAGGACUGGAUGGACCCCGGGGGCCGAAGGGCAGUGCAGGUGAAGCCGGUGCUGAGGGUCCACCUGGACAGAGGGGCCGAGAGGGCCCCAUGGGCCCCCGUGGAGAGGCCGGACCCCCUGGGUUUGGACAGAAGGGAGACAAAGGGUCUCCAGGGGAUCCUGGUCGUCCUGGUCCUGCUGGCGUUUCUGGACCCGUGGGGCCUAAAGGUGCAGUGGGAGAACCCGGAGCUCCAGGAAGCCCUGGUGCCCCUGGUCCAAAAGGUUUCCACGGUGAAGCAGGACAUCCAGGAAUUAAAGGUGACAGAGGAACACCAGGGCUGCAGGGAAGCAAAGGAGAAACUGGAGAUCGGGGAAUCCGUGGACCUUCAGGUGAACCAGGACAACCUGGACCACAAGGCCCUGCUGGACCAAAGGGAUCCAAAGGAUCUACAGGUGAAUCAGGCUCCAUGGGACUUCCUGGUGUACGAGGUCCACCUGGACUUCCUGGAGAUGCUGGUCUUCCAGGUGCUCCUGGGAUUCAAGGCCCCCCAGGUGUUGCAGGAAUUCCAGGACAACCAGGUGUUAAAGGUGAACCAGGGUCUCCUGGUAAAGUUAUUUCUCCAGUUGGUUCUGACACUGUGGCCAUCCCAGGUCCCCCAGGCCCAGCUGGGGCUCCAGGUCCUGCUGGACCACCUGGUCUAUCUGGGCCCAUUGGACCUGCUGGAGUCCCAGGACCACCUGGUCCUAAGGGAGAACAAGGUGAGAAAGGAAAGAAUGGAGACAAAGGAGAGAAAGGAGACAAAGGAGAGGAUGGAGAGAAAGGAGACAAAGGAGAGAAAGGAGACAAAGGAGAGGCUGGAGAGCCUGGUAUCAGCACCAGUUCAGACUCCGUCACCUCCACAGUCAGCGGCAAACUCGGCCCAGUUGCUGGACCUCCAGGACCACCAGGACCUCCCGGGCCUCCAGGAGAACCUGGACCUCAGGGUCCUGCUGGUGAAGCCAAACCAGGUCCUCCAGGACGCAGAGGUCCUCCUGGAGAGCCAGGUGUCGGUUCCCCUGGACCUAAAGGUGAAAAGGGAGAACCCGGCAGCUUCGUACCUACCUCAGAAACCUUCUUUGCUGGACCACCAGGCCCUGCAGGACCACCGGGCCCACAGGGUUCAUCAGGUGAGCCAGGACCUCCAGGGCUCCAAGGUGAACCAGGUCAGCCGGGUCUUCCAGGAAGUCCAGGGGAACCAGGAAUUGGUUUCCCAGGUCAACCGGGCCAACCUGGACCUCCAGGACCAGAAGGACCAGCAGGAGGUAGAGGUGGUUCAUCCCGACCUGGUCCACCGGGCCCACCUGGACCUCCUGGUCCACCUGGAAGAGAUGGCAGUGAGUCAUCUGAUGUGGGCCAGUACAUUUCAGAGUACCUUCAAAGUGGUUCUGUGAGGCAGUACUUAUCUGGUCCUCCUGGUCCUCCUGGUUCUCCUGGUGCUCCUGGUGCUCCUGGUGCUCCUGGCGCUCCUGGUUCCCCGGGGUCUCCAGGGGCCUCCUCAGAGGGUCUGGUUGACGACGUAGCCGCUCGAGUCAUCGCCUACAUCCAAAGCUCAGGUAGAGGACAUGAUGGGUCUCCUGGUCCACCUGGUCCCCCUGGUCCACCUGGAUCUGUCUCAGUCAACGACAUUAUCAAUCUAUUACAACGAGAUGAUGUGAGGAGGUACAUUGGUGAAGGCCCCCCCGGUCCCCCCGGCCCCCCUGGUCCUUCUGGGGGAGGGUACAGCACUUACUCCGUCAACACCAUGGAAGUGGCUCAGCGCGUCCUCAGCCUCAUGAAGGACCAGGGCCUGACUGGACUCCCUGGACCACCUGGGCCUCCUGGUCCUGCUGGAGGCUACGCUGGGUAUCAAGGGCCUCCUGGUCCCCCAGGUCCACAAGGACCACCUGGACCACCUGGACCCCCGAUCACUGGAACUUACGUCAGCACAGACAUUCGUGAUUACCUGCAAAGUGUCGCCUUUAGAGGUCCUCCGGGUCCACCCGGUCCCCCUGGACCCCCUGGCCCAAUAGGUGGACUGGUGUCUUAUACUGGACAUACCAACAGGAGGACGCUCCACGCAGAAGAACAAGACUACGUCAGGAGCGACAUCUCAAGGGGGGCCAUGUUUGGACUUCCUGGUCCACCAGGUCCUCCUGGACCCCCAGGACACAAGGGAGAACCAGGUACACCUGGAUCCAAGGACUGGACCGUUGAUACUGGGGACUACGCCCUCAUGGCUGUCAGAGUAACUGACUACAUCAAAUCCCACGGUCUCCUCCAGGACGUUGAAAAACACUCACAGCGAGUGGUUCAAGGACCCCCCGGACCACCAGGACCCCCCGGAGCCCCAGGCUACACUCGAUGGUUUGGUUCCCAUGGAAACGCAACCGAUCUGGUGGAAUACAUCAGAGCCAACGGUGUGGUGCACAACAUAGUACAGGAAUACACCAGCCACGUCCACCAAGGACCCCCUGGACCCCCAGGACCCCCUGGAGCCCCGGGUCCAGUUGGAUACAGCCGAGUGUUCGGGUCCCAAGAAAAUGUCACAGAUUUGGUUGAAUACAUCAAAACAUAUGGUGCCAUUGCAGGGGCCCCUGGAAGACCAGGACAGAAGGGGGACAUGGGAGUCCCAGGGCCAAAAGGAGAGACAGGUGAACGAGGUUUACCUGGACCUGCAGGAACCAAACGAGAACGAGGAGAAACCGUGACAACCACACGGAGGAGGAGGAGGAGGAGCUCCGGUGUGUAACUGUUGAACUGCUGAACUGUUCAACUGGGGAACUGUUAAACUGUUCAGCUGUGGAACUGUUGAGCUGUUCCACUGCGGAACUGUUAAACUGUUCAGCUGUGGAAAUGGUGGAUGCAGGGAUUUUAUUAAUGCACAAUUUAUAAAUUUUUUAUACAAUUUCAGUAUUUUUAAAUGUGAUUUUUUUUUGUGUGUUGAUAUGAAUGUACAAGCCUUUGACUUGACAUCAGGGAACGUAUAAAGCUUUAAAUGUUUGAUAUUUGUGGUGACGGAUUUUUCUACUUAAACCAAUCUCAAAAGGAUCAACUGUGUAAAAACUAUGAAAUAAAAACAUUUUUAAUGCUCAUAAUUUGAUGUUUUCUCACAUUUUAACAUAUUCUCAUAGUAGUUGUUACUCGCUUUAUGGAGAUAAAAUGCAAAAAAUAAACACUUUUUUGUUUAUUAAUUCCACUUUAAUCCCAUGUAUCCAUUGAUUUCCAUUCAACCUGUUGGUUCAGAUCCGGUUUGUCCACCAGUCCAGUUCCAGUAAUGGGAUGAAUGACAGUGUUUUAAAUCCACACACUGAUGCAUGGACUCACAUUUAGUCCCAUGGGAUGAACUGGACAUUUAUUCAAUUUUCUAUAAAUCUGGGUCAUUUGGUCCAAUCAGAUUAACCCUUAGAUGGUACUGGAUGUUUCCAUGUGUUUUUCCUUCAGGGGUGUUUCCUCAUAUAGAAGGAUUUACGACAGAUUCAUGGGAUGGGCAGCAUUUAGGACUUCCUGUCGGCCAUCUUGGUUCAUAGUUUUUAAAUAAACCUGUCCUUCCCUGACUGUCCACUAGGGGUCAGUGUGUGUGAUGAUGCACCAGCGUCCACUGUGUUGGCUGAUAUGAACUAAACCAACCAAACCAUGAAUAUACUGCAGUGGCCCAGAG